GUGUGUUGACUUGAGCGCGGAGGAGAGACACGAGAGCGCUUUUCUCAUUCAGUCCGGCGACACAUCCAUGAAUGAAUGCGGUGCGUUUACUGGGGGUGAUCGGACGGCGCGCUCAGAGUCCACCCGCUGCAGAAUGGACGGACUUUACGACCAACAAGUGCCUUUCAUAAAAUCUCAUAAUCCUCAGGGAAAGACGUCCAACACGAGACCAGCGAAGGACAGGAAAAGAAAAUUCAUUAACUCUGACCUGGCUUUGGACACCGAGGAGUUGUUUCAAGAUCUCAGUCAACUUCAGGAGACCUGGCUCGCUGAAGCUCAAGUUCCUGACAAUGAUGAGCAGUUUGUUCCAGACUUUCAGAGUGAAAACUGUAAGUGUGACCUUUUUUCUUGUACUGUGACUCUUAAAUGUACAAAAUAUGCCUACGAGCAGAAGCAUCCCUCGGGAAUGAAGGCAUCCAGCCCAGUGUCUACCCCCUGCAGCACACCCGUGUCCCCUGGCCAGCAUGGGUCUCCCUCUGCUGCCCCCACACCGAAACCAGACAGGACGUACCCUCACCUCGCACCUCCGCAGCCCCUCCCUGACAGUGCUUACCCCAUGGACCACAGAUUUCGGCGGCAGUUGUCGGAGCCGUGUCAUUCCUUUCCCUCUCCUUCGAUGUCGCGGGACGGACGGCCCAUGUAUCACAGACAGAUGUCGGAACCCAGCAUCCCCUUCCCUCCUCAGGGGUUCAAGCAGGAGUAUGGCGACCCCCUCUUCGAACAUCCGGCCAUGGUGGGGGCGCCGCUCCCCCAGACAUACCCGCACUCCAUGGUGAUCAAACAAGAGCCUCGCGACUUCACCUACGACUCAGAAGUGCCUAGCUGUCACUCUGUAUAUCUUAGACAAGAAGGAUAUCUGGCCCACAAUAACAGAACAGAGGGUUGUAUGUUCGACAAAGUUGCAAGGCACUUCUAUGACGACACUUGCGUUGUACCAGAGAAGGUUGAAGGUGAUAUAAAGCAGGAGGCGGUGCUGUACCGUGAAGGCCCAACCUAUCAGAGACGAGGCUCGCUGCAGCUCUGGCAGUUUUUGGUGGCCCUAUUGGAUGACCCCUCAAAUUCACACUUCAUUGCGUGGACAGGCCGGGGCAUGGAGUUUAAACUUAUUGAGCCUGAGGAGGUGGCACGGCGUUGGGGAAUUCAAAAGAAUCGACCUGCCAUGAACUACGACAAGCUUAGCAGAUCAUUGCGCUACUACUAUGAAAAAGGCAUCAUGCAAAAGGUGGCAGGUGAAAGAUACGUGUAUAAGUUUGUCUGCGACCCCGAGGCUUUGUUCUCCAUGGCCUUCCCUGACAAUCAGCGUCCGGUGCUGAAGACCGACCUGGAGCGGCAGAUCAACGAGGAAGACACUGUGCCAUUGUCACACUUCGAUGAGAACAUGGCGUACAUUCAAGAGAGCGGCUACUGCAACCCGCACCCGUACAACGAGGGCUACGUCUACUGAAAACAAAACAAACUUUCAGACUUGUCCCUCAUUUCCGUCAGUCAUUCCCCAGGACUAAAGAGAGCACUUUAUGGACAGAGGAUGAUGGCAGUGUGUAAACCCACAAACGUACUGGUGUAGUUAUGUUAGAUGCUCCCUUAGUGUUUUUUUGUUGCGACUGAAGGGGAUGGGGUGUUUCAGCAUGCCGUUUUCUCACUGCAAAAGGCCAAAAGAGGGCAAAUGGCCUCUCUUCGGACAGAUGUUUUGAACUAUUUAGACAGGUUAGUGUCUGGAGCACGUGAGUGGAAAAA